ACGUAAACGUGAUGUGUACGCGCUCUUGAAAAGGCGUUUACAUUGGAUACAACAGGAUUGACCACCACAUCUCCCUCUCCCUAAGUCACUUCCCUUAUACUUCUUCUUUCCAUUGCUCCCUCCCUUCCUCACAGCCAUUCUUUCCAAGUUUCUUCACCGAAAUAUGCUGAUUUCCCCAUUUACCCAAGAAACUCAGGCCACUCCUUCGAAAUAGUUUCUCCUUUCUCGGCAAUGAACUAUGGGUUUCAUCCAGCGACUCUUCGGCAUCAAAAAGUCCACUAAUAAUCUCCGGCCGGAGAAGGAUAGGCGACGCUGGAGUUUCAUCAGAUCUUCUAAUACCACGCAGUCCAAAAGCAACAAAUCUUCCGUUCCUGUUACGGGCGAUGACACCUUGGAUGCCAACAAACACGCCAUUGCUGUUGCAGCAGCCACCGCUGCUGCUGCUGAGGCAGCACUCGCGGCGGUUCAUGCAGCGGCUGAGGUAGUGAGACUGACGACUGGUGGAGGCGGAGGCGGAGGCGGAGGAUGUCGUGUUGGCAGCCACCGGCACUUGGCACAAGAAAUGGCGGCAGUCAAAAUACAAUCCGCCUUUCGAGGUUACUUGGCAAAGAGGGCAUUAAGGGCAUUGAAAGCAUUGGUUAAGCUUCAAGCACUAGUAAGAGGCCACAUUGUGAGAAAACAAACUGCUGAUAUGCUCAGGCGCAUGCAAACAUUAGUCAGACUGCAGGCCAGAGCACGUUCUAGUCGUGCUUACAUAACUGAAUCAUUCAAUUCUAGAAGCAAGUUGAGCCAAUCCCGCAGUAGUGUCCCUGCUAGCCCUGUCAAAUGUAAAUCCCAACUUUGUACACAUAGUACCAAAUUUGAUGGGCCAUCAAUCCUUAAGAGAUGUUCUAAUUCAAACUUAAGGGACAUCAAUGACCUAGAGAAAGCGAGGAUGGGUCCCAAUUGGUUGGAUAGUUGGAUGGAAGAGAAUUCUCAGUACAAGCAUGGAAAUGCUUUAGUUCAACAUGACCAUGGUGACGAUGGGAAGAGUGACAAGAUCCUUGAAGUAGAUACUUGGAAGCCUCAUUUGAAUUUCCAACAAAGCAACAGAAACUUCAAGACAUCUCAGCAUGGUUUGUCUUCAGAUUAUAACAAUUACAGCUUCAUGACAUUCGACUCUCCAAGAAAAUUUCCCACAAAAGCUUCAAGUCCAGUCCUAAGUGUCUCUUCCGGGGAUGUUUUAUCACCAAGGUCUAUGAAAUACCCUGGAGAAAAAGAUGAAGUUGUUCUAUUGACUGCAGACAACAGUCCACAUGUCCUUUCAGCAUCAUCAAGACAUGGAAAUAGUGCCAGGAGAAGUCCUUGCACUUCCACAAGGAGUGAGGGCUCUUGGGGCUACUUUGGAGGGUACUCAGGUCACCAAAAUUACAUGGCUAACACAGAAUCAUCCCGGGCCAAGUAUAGGUCUCAGAGUGCCCCAAGGCAAAGGCUCGAGUUCGUCAACCAUGGUUCAAUGAGAAGAAGCGAGCAGGAUCCAUGGGAUGCCAGGACUACCACAGAUUCUGAAAGAGAUUUUUCUCUACCUGCUGACUAUAGGCACCAGGCUUACCAUCCUGUAUCCAGUUUCAUGUACAGGCUUGGAACUGCCAAUCAAGGUUGAUUGUGCUUGUUUUCUUUCAGUGUGUGGCCUACUGUCAGCCAUGCCAGAGCUGUAAUUGUUUCUCAAUGACUUUACGUAAAAAUAACUCAACAUCUUUAAGCAAUUAGUCUGUACCUUAGAAAUGUUAGCUUACAUUCACAUGCAUUA